CCUUCGAUCCGAGCUCCCGACGAACUUCAUUCACAUCGCCUCUUGAUUCUUGAACUAAACAACCCUCCGUCCUCCUCCUCGAUCGGCUCCUCCUGAUCUCCACGAGAAGCGAACCCUUGCUUGCGGUUCUCCUAGCCAACUUGAGCUACCUACCUGCUGCUUCGAUCCUUUCAGCCCCUUAUUAGCUAGUUUCGUCCUCCCGAUCGAGAGCCGCCGAUGCCUCCUGCCGUCCCCCAAGAGCCAUGAGCAACGCCAGCAACAGCAAGAAGCACAGCCUCCUCGCGCCAAAGGCCACCAUGGACAUGUCUCGUCUGCACCAGGCCUACGACCGCGGCUAGCUUAGCUCGCUCGCUCGCUCCACCAUCUCUACUAGGUUCUUUGAACGUAGUCUAGCGCCUCGCGUGGUUCGUCGUGUUCCGCGUGCUCAUCAGUUUGUGCGCAGUCGUAGGUUUUAUUAGCAACGAUAUGAAGGAAGAAGGAGGCGAGAAGAAGAACAUCCUGGCCAAGACGCUCCAGCGGUGCCGGACCUCGCUGGCCCACCGGAGGCGCCCGCCGGCGGCGGCCCCGGACAGGGCGGCGGCCGGCUACUUCACCGUGCUGGUGGGCCCGGAGAAGGAGCGCUUCGGCGUGCGCGCGCGCUGCGCCAACCACCCGCUGUUCCGGGCGCUGCUGGACGAGGCCGAGACCGAGUACGGCUUCGCCGGCUGCGACGGCCCGCUCGAGCUGCCCUGCGCCGUCGACGACUUCAUGGAGGUCAUGUGGGAGAUGGAGCAGGCCGACCCCGCCGCCUCGCCGGGCUGCGGGCGCUUCGCCGCCGCCGGCAGCAGAGGGCACCACCAGGGGUACCAGAUGAUGAGCCCCGCCAGGUUCCUCGUCGCCGGACGCUCGUGAUCUUGCCGAUGGCCGGCGUCGGCGACGGUCUAAUAAGUCCGAUCGUCGCCGCGCCUGCCGUUCACUGUCAAUCAACUUCUUUUGUUUUACUUUGUACGUAGACCAGAGUAUUAGUCUCGCUCCAGCCGCAUGCAUGCAGAACAGCAGGAGUUUGUCCACCUGCUUUGCUUUGCUUGCUUGCUUUUGCUAAGUUGUCAACGCUUGUUUUCAGUUUUACUCUCUUGUUCGCUGCUUAUAAUCAUAUAUAGUUACGUUGCUCGUCUACUGAAUCCCAAGUUCUCUCCAUGUCGAUAUCGAUUAACGAUGCAUAUUAUCGUAUUAAAUAGUAAUACAUUCCAUUUUGUUUUCG